GGUAUAAAUGCAGACGACGGGAGAGACUCAGUAGACCUGCUGGAUAAGCACUGAGCCUCCAAUACUACAAUUUACUUCUCUUCACAGUUUCCACACUUCAUCUUCAGUCAGCCAUGGGAGUUGCAUACAGCGUUGGAGAGGUUGACCACCUCUACACGUUCUUUGUGCAGUGGUCACCAGAUAUCUACACGAAAGGCAACAAAAAGCACGUCCAGCCCGGCUACAUCAUCAGAGACAAGCAUCCCAAUCAUUAUCUGGUUGUGGAGAACAACAAGGCGGCUGUGAUCAACAAGCUCCUCAGCCAUCCUGUCAACAAAACUGACCAGCAAUGGGAGAUCAUCCGAGUGAAGGACUCCAAGCGGCGCCUGAGUUUGUGCAGCUCCGAGGACUCGGAGGUGGAGGAGCCCGAGGACCAGGAGGAAGGAGACGAUGCUGUGCCUGUGUUGAAUGAGCACAGCCAGCUGCUGGGUGAUCAAGACCUGGAGCAGCUUGUUGCUCAUUUGCCAGCGAGGAUCCAAUGCCAUUCAUGGCACCUUGUCUACAGCACUGCUGUCCAUGGCAGCAGCUUGAAGACCAUGUACAGGAAUAUGAAAGGUCUGGACAGUCCAGUGCUACUGGUCAUCAAAGACAUGAACAAAAAGGUGUUUGGGGCAUUUUCCACAGAUCCAUUCAGAGUCAGUAAAUACUACUAUGGCACAGGGGAAACCUUCCUGUUCAGCUUCAACCCUAAAUUUCAGGUGUACAGGUGGAGUGGGGAGAACUCUUACCUUGUAAAUGGCAAAAUGGACUCUCUGCAAAUUGGUGGAGGAGGGAAUGGCUUCGCUCUGUGGCUGGAUGCUGAUCUGAACCAUGGGGCAAGUUUUUCCUGCCCUACCUUCCACAAUGCACCGCUCUCCAAUCAAGAAGACUUUAUAGUACAAGACCUCGAGGUCUGGACUAUGCAGAGCUGAGAAAGAACAUCUAAAAAUGCGACAUAAGAUCAAUGUAGAACGCAUACUCCUGUCUGGAGUGACAGGGCUAAAUUACUUCAUGGAGUACAUGCAGUUAAGCUACUACUGUACAAAGUCUGAGAAAACAGUUGCUCCAGUAUCGUCUGUGUAGCCGGCUGAAAAUUAGCCCACACACAGUUCGUAUGAAGUCUGUUCCUGUGGUUCUUGGGCUGGCCUUCUCUUUGCACUGGUUUGACCUGUGUUCAGUAGAAGAUGCCACAUGCAAGCCUAUGAUUUGGGGUCCUGUUGCUUUAAACUACAAGCUAUUCAUCAGCAGCCUCAUGCCAGGCCCAGUUAGUUACUGGCAUCUGAAGCUUUAAGCUCUCCAUGCCCUCCUUUGGUUAUGGAGGGAAUUCAAAGAUAGAGUUCAAAUUAAGACCAUUAAAAGGUUGUACCUACUGUUAGUACACUCAGGUCCUAAAGUCUUAAAAUUAAAUUUUAUCUUUAGAUUUUCCAAUUUAAAAGUUGUAUACCUGAAUUUUCAAUGUCAGUAUGUUUCUACAUGUGUGAGUGUGAAUUUGUUAUGUAGUAAUGUUUGGCUCAAAAACACUUCACGCUCAAAAAGACACGUAUUUAUUUCUAUGGUGAAAACACUUGGGGACAUUGUGGUUGUGAGUCUCCAUUUCCUGUCCUCUUUUUAGAGAAACACUAAAUAAUGUAUCAGCUAUAAAAUAUGUAUUUGUGUAGUAAAUGGCCAUGAACUGUUACGACUGUUUUUUAUUUUUUAUUUUUUUUUAAGUGAGACACCACUUGGCUGGUGGCCUGGCUUUUUACACAGCUGGGAUCAUAUUUUAGGGAAACCUUUCAAAUAUUUGACAUGUUUUUCUUUUCUUUUUUUACUUAUUAGUAUAUUUAAUAUUUUAUUUGUAUUUUAAUUAUUUUUUAACAAAAAUGUAAACAGGAAAGUAAAGUAUGAUUCCUAGACA